GAUAAGCAUAAGCAUAAAGAAAGCGUGAGAACAAGGUCAGGCCUCUUCUGUCCACACCCAGCAUGCCUCUGGGGAGGAGGCGGGCGAAAUACAGCGGUGCAACACCAGAAGAGGAGCAAUUGCUCCCUGUAUGCAAGAGAGAGAGACAGUGCAAGAUAAGGACAGUGUAAGUUUGCAUGCGGCGUGAAACAGCGCUGAUGUCACUGCUGUAAUCUGUGUGUGCGUGUGUUUGUGUGAGCAUGCAUGAGUGUGACGUGUACUGCAUGCUCUGUAGAUCAGUUGCAUCAUUGCAUGCUCCAUGAGUUGAUACUUAUUCUGGAGAUAAAAUAACAGAACAGACAGAAAAUGGACCUGUACUGCCGACUGGACUCUCAGAGGAAUGAUGAUGAGGCCAUCGUGGACAGAGGAGGAACCCGCUCCAUGCUUAAAGCUGGAUUUGAGAAGGAGGAGCUCGAAGGUCACAGGACUCUGUACAUUGGUGUUCAUGUUCCUCUGGGAAGAAGAACCCGCCGCCGCCAUCGGCAUCACGGACACCGACACAGAAAGCGGAGCAGAGAAAGAGACUCAGGAGUUGAGGAUGGACGAGAAUCGCCUUCAUACAACACUCCGUCUCAGAGGGUUCAGUUUCUGCUGGGCACUGAGGAUGAUGAUGAAGAGCACAUUCCGCAUGACCUCUUCACUGAGCUGGAUGAGAUCUGUCUGCGUGAAGGGGAGGAUGCCGAGUGGAGAGAAACCGCCAGGUGGCUGAAGUUUGAAGAGGAUGUGGAGGAUGGAGGCGAGCGCUGGAGUAAACCGUAUGUAGCCACUCUCUCUCUGCACAGUCUGUUUGAGCUGCGGAGCUGCAUCAUCAACGGCACCGUCAUGCUGGACAUGAGAGCUGGAUCACUGGAGGAGAUCGCAGAUAUGAUACUGGACCAACAGGAAGUGGCUGGUCAUCUUGAAGACGAUGUCAGGAAGAAGGUGAAGGAGGCUCUUCUAAAGCAGCACCAUCAUCAGAACCAGAAGAAACUGGCCAAUCGGAUCCCCAUCGUCCGCUCUUUCGCUGACAUCGGCAAGAAGCAGUCAGAGUCCAACUGCUUGGACAAAAACGGUCAGACGAUUUCACCUCAGACUCAGCCAAUGAACAUUGAAGUCAAGCACGACGUGAGUCGGGAAAACAGUACUGUGGAUUUCAGCAAGAUAGACCUGCACUUCAUGAAGAAGAUUCCUCCAGGAGCAGAGGCCUCUAAUGUCCUGGUGGGAGAGCUGGAGUUUCUGGACCGGCCUGUGGUGGCGUUUGUCCGUCUCUCUCCUGCUGUGCUGCUCAAUGGACUGGCAGAGGUGCCCAUUACCACCAGGUUUCUGUUCAUCCUUCUCGGACCUCUGGGAAAAGGAGCUCAGUAUCACGAGAUUGGCAGAUCCAUCGCAACCUUGAUGACAGAUGAGGUGUUCCAUGAUGUGGCCUAUAAAGCUAAAGACCGCAAUGAUCUGAUUGCUGGGAUUGAUGAAUUUCUGGACCAAGUGACAGUUCUGCCUCCAGGAGAAUGGGAUCCUUCCAUCAGGAUAGAGCCGCCAAAAAAUGUCCCGUCUCAGGAGAAGAGAAAGAUCCCCGCGGUGCCUAAUGGAGAGCUGGCAGAGACGGAGGAACAUGGUGGACACGGAGGCCCUGAGCUGCAGCGCACCGGGAGGUUAUUUGGUGGAUUAAUUCUGGAUGUGAAGCGGAAGGCUCCACACUUGCUGUCAGAUUUCGGAGAUGCGCUGAGCCUGCAGUGUCUGGCCUCUUUCCUGUUCCUGUACUGCGCCUGCAUGUCUCCUGUGAUCACCUUCGGAGGGCUGCUGGGAGAAGCAACAGAGGGACGCAUAAGUGCAAUUGAAUCUCUGUUUGGAGCCUCGAUGACUGGAAUUGCGUAUUCUCUGUUUGCUGGUCAGCCUCUCACUAUUCUGGGCAGCACUGGACCUGUUCUGGUGUUUGAGAAGAUAUUGUUCAAAUUCUGCAAGGAAUACGGUCUGUCAUACCUGUCGCUCAGGGUGUGUAUCGGGCUGUGGACAGCCUUCCUCUGUCUGCUGCUGGUGGCCACCGAUGCCAGUUCACUGGUCUGUUACAUCACACGCUUCACGGAGGAAGCCUUCGCCUCGCUCAUCUGCAUCAUCUUCAUCUACGAGGCCAUCGAGAAGCUCAUUCACCUUGGAGAAACAUACCAGUUUAAUAAGAACAACAAUCUGGACAAACUCACCACAUACAGAUGUUCCUGUAUUGAACCCGAAAACCCUAGUAAUGCCACUCUGCAAUAUUGGGAGCAGAACAACAUUUCAGCGCCAGAAAUAUUUUGGGAGGCUCUGGAAGUUGAGGACUGUAUUGAGAAGAAAGGUGUAUUUGUGGGGUCUGCUUGCGGGCCUCAUGGUCCGUAUGUUCCCGAUGUUCUCUUCUGGUCUAUCGUUCUCUUCUUCUCCACGGUCGCCAUGUCUGCUUUUCUCAAAGAGUUCAAGACCAGCCGCUAUUUUCCCACCAAGGUCAGAUCCAUCAUCAGUGAUUUUGCGGUGUUCAUCACUAUUGUCACUAUGGUUCUGGUGGAUUACGCUCUCGGGGUGCCUUCACCCAAACUGCAGGUCCCCAAUGAGUUUAAGCCAACUCGUGAUGAUCGUGGGUGGCUGAUUAGCCCGUUAGGUCCAAACCCGUGGUGGACGUGUGUGAUCACAGUCAUUCCUGCUCUUCUGUGCACCAUCCUCAUCUUCAUGGACCAGCAGAUCACAGCCGUCAUCAUCAACCGGAAAGAGCACAAGCUGAAGAAGGGCUGUGGGUAUCAUCUGGACCUGUUUAUGGUGGGUGUGAUGCUGGGCGUUUGCUCUAUUAUGGGCCUGCCAUGGUUUGUGGCGGCGACCGUCCUGUCCAUCUCUCAUGUCAACAGUCUGAAGCUGGAGUCCGAGUGCUCGGCGCCUGGAGAACAGCCCAAAUUCCUGGGCAUCAGAGAGCAGCGGGUCACUGGACUCAUGAUCUUCCUCCUCAUGGGCUGCUCUGUAUUCAUGACCUCCGUGCUGAAGUUCAUUCCAAUGCCGGUUCUGUAUGGAGUUUUCCUGUACAUGGGUGCGUCUUCACUGAGAGGAAUACAGUUUUUCGAUCGUUUGAGAUUGUUCGGGAUGCCGGCUAAACACCAGCCAGACUUCAUUUACCUGAGGCACGUUCCCCUGCGAAAGGUUCACCUGUUCACCAUCAUCCAGCUCAGCUGUCUGGUCCUCCUGUGGGUCAUCAAAACCUCCAGAGCCGCUAUCGUCUUUCCCAUGAUGGUGCUGGCGCUGGUGUUUAUUAGGAAGCUGCUGGAUUUCAUCUUCACCAAGCGAGAGCUCAGCUGGCUGGAUGACCUGAUGCCCGAGAGCAAAAAGAAGAAGCUGGAGGACGCCGAGCGAGAGGAGGAGCAAAGUAUUUUGGCAGAGGAAGAAGGAAUCGUUCAAGUGCCAUUGGAGGGACAUUACAAAGAUGAUCCUUCUACUGUCAACAUUACUGAUGAGAUGUCCAAAGGCUCCUUUGGAAGUACUUGGAAUACCAUCAACUCUAAAAAUGAUCCAAACACCAAAAGCCCGGUUCCCUGAGCUGAAAGCUGAUGAUCCCCAAUGCAGAACGCACAAGGAGGAUUGAUGGAAAGAAGAGGAGACAUGAGGAUCUAGCUUUUUCUGAUUCACUGUGUUUUCACACACACACACACACACACACACACACACACACACACACACACACACACACACACAGUAUCUAGCUUUAUAGAAUUCUGUUAUUGUUUUCAUGGGAACAGUUCAUAAAAAAUUAAAAGGAAAGAGAAAUUUUAUUUUUGAGCUGAACUGUCCCCACAGCUAUAAAUAGUGCAUAUUAUAAUCGCUUGAGACUAACAUGUACACAAAUUCCUAACCUUACUUCUUACACUGAAAAACUUUCACAUUUGUGUUACUUUAAUGAACAACUUUUCCGACAAUUUUGUCCUUUAAGUAUGUCUAGUUAACAAAGUAAUCGCACCCAUAUAAACACCUAUAACACAAGGCUCGUUCUGAUUAUGUACUCCUAUAUACAUUUAUGGAGAGCGCCAAAUACGCCCCAGGAGUAAUGUUUUUUCGAGAAUCCACCAGAGGGCGCUGUUUACCCUUUUUCAUAUCUCCAAUUUCUCUCUUGAGUGCCAUUCGUGCUUGCUGUUCUCAUGUAAAUCCACCAGAGGCUGCUGUCGACUGACUGACCGGUACCAUCCAAACCCAACUCACAGUGUUUUCAAAAGCAGUGCAGCGGCUGCCUGAUUUUUACCACAUUUUUAGAUUUGACCACAUCCUCAC